CUCUGCAGUGUCGCUGAGCUGGUGCAGUGCAAGACACUCGCUCAUCCUCACCGAUGGUCUGCAGAACAAGGGGGACUUUAAAAAAAAAUUAACAUCUGAAACAAAACAUCCUACAGUAACAAAAAAAUCUUGAAAAAAAUAACAAAAUAACAAAAAAUCCAUCAUGAGCUACGAUCCUUAUAUCUCCUACAGCAGCGUCUCCUACCGCCGCACGUGGGACAGCUACCGAGGCUCUUCUCGACCUUCCACCACCAAAUCCUUCAUGUACUCCCCUCUCUACUCCUCCUCUUCCUCCCGAGCCCUGGGCCUGGCGGCUGGGAAGCAGCGUCCACCCGCCUCUUCCUCACUGCCGGAUGCGUCUGCACGGAUGGACCUGGCCGAGGCCUCCAGCCUCAACGCAGAGCUGCUGGGGCUCCGCAGUCAGGAGAAGGAGCAGCUGGUGGGCCUCAACGACCGCUUCGCCACCUACAUCGACAAGGUGAGACGCCUGGAGCAGCAGAACCGGGCCCUUCUGGCAGAGCUGGAGGCUCUCAGGCGGAGGCAGAGGGACCCGUCUCGUCUUCAGGGGCUCUACGAGGGUGAAGCCCGGAGCCUCAGGGCUGCAAUCGACCAGAAGACAGGAGAUAAGAUGCGCAUGGAGGCAGAGAGGGACUACCUGAAGGACGUGUACGGGCAGCUGAAGGAGCGCUAUGAGGAGGAGGCGCAGUGCCGUGCGGAUGCGGAGGAGGCCCUGCAGAGGGCCCGGGAAGAAGUGGGGCGGGCCAUGCUGUCUAACUGCGAUGCAGAGGCCAGCGUUGUCUCCCUGGCCGAGGAGAUGGGCUUCCUGAAGAAGGUGUUUGUGGAGGAGCAGGCAGAGCUGCAGGCCCAGGUUGUGGCGGCUAACGUGUGUGUUGACAUGGAGGUGAGCAGGCCAGACCUGUCUGCGGCACUCAAGGAGAUCCGGGCGCAGUACGAGCGGCUGGCCAAUAAGAACAUGCAGGCGGCCGAGGACUGGUACCGGGGGAAGUUUGAAUCCGUGGCGGAGAUGGCAUCGAAGAACAACGAGGCGGUGCGCUCCAUCCGGGAGGAGACCAUUGAAUACCGCCGGCUGCUCCAAUCACGCUCUUCUGAGAUCGAGGCCCUGCGGAACGUCAUCGAGUCGCUGAACAAACAGCUGGAGGAGCUGGAAGAGCACCAGGGGGAAGAGGUCACGAAGUAUCAGGUGAGGAUAAACGAUCUGGAGUGCGACAUCAACGAGGCAAAGCAGGAGAUGUCUCGCUACCUCAGAGAGUACCAGGACCUUCUCAAUGUUAAAAUGGCUUUGGACAUUGAGAUCGCGGCAUACAGGAAACUGCUGGAGGGAGAAGAGUUCAGGCUGACCUUCUCUGCCCUGAACUAAAUCCUCUUCACACUGAACCCCAAUAACCCCAAACCUCAAUAUCUCAAUAGCCUAUACCCUAACCUAAACCAUACUCUUUAGUCUUAUAGCCCUACCAUUGGUCCUCCUUCCACCCUUACCUAAACCCCAUACUACCCCACCCUUACCUAAAC